GCUCCGAGCUCACAGACUCGGACACCACCGGUCACUUGAAUUGUCAAGCUAGCUAGCCUUCUCAUCAGCCUGGCUCUCAGUCUCAAAGAAAGCACAAAGGUAGCUAGCUUAGCAUCGAUUGAAGCUGACCAGAGAGAUAGUUAAGAAUUUGCCAUAGCUUAGUGUUUGGUGCAUACACACAACUGCUCUCGUUGUUUUUGCUCUUUUGGGUUCGCUCGGAAGAUGAGCCGUGAGGAGGAUGAGAAGCUGCUGUUCCCUUCGUUCGCCUUCCCGGCGGAGUGCUUCCCGGAAGCCGCCACCUCCGGUGGCGAGCAGAAGAAGGCUCGGCAGCGGCGGAGGAGGAAGGUGAAGCCGGAAGCGGCGGCAGCGUUGGCUGGAGAGAGCGGAGGGGAUGAGCAGGCGAAGAAGCGGCGGCUGAGCGACGAGCAGGCGCGGUUUCUGGAGAUGAGCUUCAAGAAGGAGCGGAAGCUGGAGACGCCGCGCAAGGUGCAGCUCGCCGCGGAGCUGGGCCUCGACGCCAAGCAGGUCGCCGUCUGGUUCCAGAACCGCCGCGCCCGCCACAAGAGCAAGCUCAUGGAGGAGGAGUUCGCCAAGCUCCGCUCCGCCCACGACGCCGUCGUCCUCCAGAACUGCCACCUCGAGACCGAGUUGCUGAAGCUGAAGGAGAGGCUGGCGGAUGUAGAGGAGGAGAAGGCGAAGCUAGCAGCUGUCGCCGCGGCGACGACCGGCGGCGGUGGUGGCGGCGGCGGCGGCAGCAGCAGCCCGACCUCGUCGUCGUUCUCCACGGUGACGUACCACCCGGCGCUGGCGGGGCAGUUCGGCGUGGAGGCGGCGGCCGAGGAGGCCGACCUCACCUACAUGAGUGAGUACGCGUACAACAGCUACAUGCUGGAGUUGGCGGCGGCCGGCUACUGCGGCGGGGUCUACGACCAAUUCAGCUGAGCGCCGCCACUCGCCGGGGCCGGCGCCGACGGAGGAUUAACUAGCUACAGUAGCUGUUAAUUAAUGGAUCGAUCAAUUGCAGGGUAGUAAUUCAGUAGUGGUGGUGUUUAUUAGUAGUAUCAAUGAUCGAUAUAUCAUCAGUCGUGUUGCCCUAACGAAAAAUCUUUAGCGGUGACUUUGCUAAGCCAUGUAGAUUAUUAAAUUGGAUGUCUUUGUAAGUAUAUGUGUUUAGAAUAUCAUGCAAGUGGUUGCCAUGGACUGAUUAAUUAUGCCAUGAUGUAAUAUUUGGUACUGGUACUACUCACGAUCAGAGCACAGAAGAUGCAUGCACAUGUUUUGGCGUCUUCUGCCUUUUAUGCCA